GGAGGGAGACAGACAGAAUCACAGAGGGAGAGAGACACACACAGGCAAGUGUGAUGAGCGAGAGAGGAGGUUCACAAGAGUUUGAACACAAGAUUCAAAGAGGGAGGGAGUGAGAAAGGAAGAGACAUACACACACACACACACACACACACACACACACACACACACUGAGGGGUGUGUCAGAGCAAUUUAGUUCCUCAAGGAAGUACAACUCAACAUUAUCUUAAGACAGGGUGGCAGCACUGACAGAGGCGCUGCAGGAGGGCUUUCAUUUGAAGCUUUUCAUUCAACUUGUGGUGACAAUGAAGACGUCUUUUUAAAAAAAAUCAACCGUCCUGUGCUGUCAAGCUGAGACAGAGUGAAGGGGAGAGGCAGAUUUCUGACACAAAAAGGAGGGAGGGGGACUCUCACAACACACAGACCAACAAUGGACCACUUCAGCUCCAAGGACAUGGCGUUGAGCGCGCAGAAGAAGAUCCUCAGCAGAAUGGCCACCAAGAGCUCGGUCCAAAUGUUCAUCGACGACACCACGAGCGAGAUCCUGGACGAGCUGUACCGCGUCUCCAAAGGCUACUCGGGGAACAAGUCGGAGGCGCAGAAGGUGAUCAAGGACCUGGUGAAGAUCGCCGUGAAGAUCGGUUUGCUGUUCAGGAACAACCGUUUCAGCACGGAGGAGCUGGGCAUCGCCACGGACUUCAAGAAGAAGCUGCACCAGGGGGCCAUGACGGCUAUCAGCUUCUACGAGGUGGACUUCACCUUCGAUAACGGGGUGAUGUCAGAGAUUCUGACCAGCUGCAGGGAUAUGCUGCUGAAGCUGGUCAACACCCACCUGACGCCCAAAUCCCACAACCGCAUCAACCACGUGUUCAACCAUUACUCCGACCCCGAGCUCCUGACCAAACUGUACGAGCCCAGCGGCCCCUUCAGACCCAACCUCACCAAGAUCUGCAAAGGACUCGACAAACUCAUGGAGGACGGGACAAUAUGAGGUCAAAAGAACAAACAAUCGAAUGUCACACAGACACUGGGAGAUCCACAGACUCACCGAACACUCAGAAUGGUCAGACACAUUUGGUCUUACUGCUGCUGAGGCAAUGUAGAACAAGUGAGAACGAAACCUCCACGCCGCCCCAACGUUCUCGAAGAACACGCAGGAUGAAGCUGGUUGACUCAUUCCUCAAGUGUUUAAUGUUCAGAGGUGAUAUAUACUGUUUAAUUGUGAUGUAUACUUGUCUACUUAAGACAACUUCUCAGAAAAAGAACUUGAACAUAAACUAGUUUAUACUGUAUCGGCUAUUUUAUUAGAUAUUUGAGACCUGGAAAUGUUUCACUGAGAACUACUGACGCUUCAGGAGAGGUGGAAAUAUUGCAUAGAGUGGACAGACUGGGGACAAUGCCACUGUAGUACAGCACUGCCAUCUGGUGGUGAAGACCCCGCUUCAUUGUACUGUAUUUACCAAAGCUUCCGGAAGACAAAGCAGCCAAUGAUAAAGCUAAAUAACCCCGCAGUGGACAAUUACUUAAACAGACACUUUGCAGCUUCAAUACAUGUUUAGCAGGAUUAGCAAAGAGACUGAUGGCUGAGUGGUGUUGACAGAAAGAGCUUAAAUGUUAGUCCUGUGACUCAUGUUUUUCAGGAGGGUUGAUCACAGGCGUUGUCUGGGAUUAAAACGAGUGUUGUUCUUUGUUUUUUUACACGAGUGAGACUUAAAACAAAUGGAUAGAAAAGGUAAUAAAUCCAGGCCCAACGAGACACUCCAGUUUAUGGACUUUUGCAAUGUAGAUUAGCUUGUUUUUUUAGUGGAAAAUGUAUAAUUAUGAAGUUACAGAAAGCAUCUAAUAAAAUACAUCUUUUCAAGAAA